ACAAAGGAAUUUUAAAGUCAAUAUUCUCAGAAUAAGGGAGCGCUGUGAAAUGCAGCGAUGUGAUUGGUGCAUUCAUAUUGACAAGCGUGAGAGUGACUUUAAAUUUGUAAUUAAUCAAAAUUACACUGUAAUUUUGGAUGUUAGAGAUAAUAUCUUUUAGCAUUUUAUAGAAUUCCCUCUCUUUUUACUAAUAAAAAGUGUUACAUGUGAAUUUUUUUGCCUAAUAUCUUGGCAAAUAUUUCUCUUUCUUAGACUUAAUGGAGUUCUCACUUGGGUUUCAUUGAAAAUAUCAUAUUGGUUUCUAUUGAAAUGGACAGCUGUUGACAUAAAAAAUGUGGUCUUGUUUUUUUUAAACAUUGAUAUCUUAAUAACGUACUGUAUACGUCUGACCUAAUCACGAAUACAUUCACAAAACAAAUAUAGUGUUGUUGAGCUGUUCAUUGGCCUCCAUGAGGUAAAAGGCCGACUGUGUUGAGUUUGAGUAAGUGAUGACCAGACUAUCAUCCAAGCGUAGCGAUUUGAUUUCCAUGGUCAUUUCGGAUGGUGGGAGAGCAUGACAGGUCACAUGUCCAACUCUUCUCCCAUCAUGUGUCCUGCUCUCAUAAUAUUUAAACCAGUGAAACACCCAAAAUGAAACACUUUACAAGAUGCUACGGUUAACAUGGAGUGCUGUCACUCUGAUGUACCUGUUGGUUUGGCACGGUGCGUGUGCCUGGAACGUGUCGUUACAGUGCAAGGAGGACACAACAGCGUUCCUUAUGGAAUUACAGAAAGAUACUCCAAGCAAAUAUGCAGUCUUGAUGUACGAUGCAUUUGGUAAGAUUGGCAGUGAUGUUGAAGGAGGGAACGUGAACAGACCUGGGUCUCUGAGAGAGUGUCUGUCUGUGGAGGGCCCGGAGUUCAGGGGACAGUACUGCCAGGUGUUCCUCAAACAGGACAGUGUGGAGUAUUUUGUGGGUGUUUGCGUUCCAGACUCUUGUACAGAAUCCGAAGUCCAGACGCUCGUUGUUUAUGAUGCAUUUGAUCAGAAACAGAUCUCUUUACUUCCUCCUGUGCCUUCAAUCCUAAUGCUGGAUUCCACGCUUGGUGUAUUCAUGACUCAGUGCCUCAGUGAUUCUCCUCAUGCAGACCUAUCUGCAAUAGUCUGUCUGUGUGUGUGUUGUGCGUUAUUGGCGAUUCCUCUCAUAGCUUCCGUCUGUGUUGCGGUGAUAAAAAGGAAGCGAAUGAGAGAGGUGAGGACAGGGCUGGGUUUCGCUCAUACCUCAAACACCAACCAAUACGGCACUCUCUUGACUAAUGGCUCAGCCAAUCAGAGUAAAGAGAGCAAUGCUGCCACAGACACCACACAGACGAGGGACCAAAAUGCAGAAAAUGACCCGCAGACCCGCAUCUCAAAGACUGUGUUAUCGUGCCUUCAGGCGCUCUCGGUACAGAAUAGCAGUCAGGGGUUACUAGCCACAGAAAGCUCUGGAAGCAGUUACUCCUCUCUGAAUGGCAUCCGUAUCCUCAGUUUACUCUGGAUCAUCUCAGGCCACACCGUGCAGCUGAGCGCCUGGAGUAACCUGGAUAAUGAUAAGAGGUGGAAGGAAAUGGUUGAGAGGAACCCUCUGUAUGUCUUUGCCUUCAGUGGGCCAGUGUAUCUAGCGGUUGACUCUUUUCUGCUGCUGGGUGGUCUUUUGAGUGCCAAAUCACUGCUGAGCUCCAUCCAGAGGGCAGAUAACACGCUUAGCUUCAGUCUGGUGGCUCAUUUCCUCUUCAAGCGGUUCAAGCGGAUUCAACCUCUCCACCUCUUCAUCGUGUGCUUGACCAUUGGACUCUUCUCCAUCGUUCAGAGGGGGGUCUUCUGGUUCAUUGCAGAGGAUGAGGUCUACAGCUGUAAGAAAUACUGGUGGUCCAACCUGCUCCUCGUCAACAACCUCUUCACUAUCACAGACAUUUGUGCACCAUGGACGUGGUAUCUCUCCAUUGACUUCCAGUUCUAUGCAACAACACCUUUUCUGAUAUUCCUGUACAGAAUAAACAAAAGUGUGCUUGUCGUUGUGUCGGUCGUUCUCCUAAUAAUCUCCAGUGUAACAGGAGCCCUGAUCACCGGUUUGUUGCAUCUCCCUGUGCACCAGCCAACAACACUGGCAUACGAAAGCUAUUUUCAGUAUUACUACAACAAACCCUACACAAGAUAUGGGCCGUAUCUACUGGGCAUUCUUGCCGGAAUAUACAUGACCACCAAGAAAGAGACACUUAUAAAACAACAGUGGCAGGCAGUCAUAGGUUGGCUCUGUUCGCUGUCAGUCAUGGCCCUCUUGGUGGGAUUGGCCUAUGUGCUGAGAGAGGUCCCGCCCUAUCUGUCCCUGACCCAUGCUGUUUAUCAGGGGACGCACCGCUCACUUUGGGCCCUGGCUUUGGUCUGGAUCAUCCUGGCCUGCGAGGAAGGAUACGGAGGGUUUGUGGAUAAAAUUCUGUCUUUAGGCCUGUGGGCUCCUCUGUCUAACAUCAGCUUCGCCUGUUAUCUGAUCCACCCAAUCAUUAUUAUACUGUACAACGGCAAACAAGAGACUGCCAUGCACUAUACAGACUACAACUUUUUCUACCUGUUUCUGGGUCACCUGCUGUUGACAGUCUGUGUAGGUUAUGUGUUAACUGUGCUAAUUGAAAAGCCGUAUCUCUUCCUGCCAAAACGAUAAGUCCUGCUUCAUUACGUCAAGACUGGAAGGUGAAGAGAAGAUUUAAAUAUAUUUAUAUAUUUCAGAGAAACGAGAUGUUUUAAGUACAGUAUAUUUAUUAAUUCAUUGUCCCCCAUUUUCUCAAUCGAUUCAAAAGCUUCAAAAGCUGUAGAUUGCUGUUUAUGAACCGUGUUAGAGAGCUUUGGUGUGGUUUUUGUGAAUGCAUUAAAUAAAUGAAUUGAUGUACAGAAUUAACAGAUGAAAGUUUAUUGUUACAGUGUAUGUUGUCAUAUAAUGACUGUUUUUAGUAACUUACAGAGAGUGUGUUGGCAUUGGAUGCUAACACUUAAUUUUACAACACAUGCUUUUGAGGUACACAGAUGUACACAUAUUCUGACGCAGGAAAUACGUCUUUGCGUAAGUGGAAUGAUGUCAUACAUGAGAUGAGCUGAUGCCACACGUAAUGUGAACACGAGUGCCUUAAGUGUGAGCAAGUACCGUAGUUACAAUAAAACAAUGACUGGACAUCAGUAUCUGAAGUGUAAUUGAGGCGACCACAUCUUAAUUGCAGGAAGUGAUGGAUGAGUCAGUUAACAAGCCAUCAUUUUGAAGAAAGAAAAAAAAAACAAAUCAUUCCAUUAGACAUUUCAGAACACAAAUGAAGCUUUCAAGUAACAGUACUGCAUAAA